AUGGCAUCGGCAAGACUUCGCAGGGCAUUUCGCUACCCUAAUGAUUCAAAUGAUGACGAACAUGGCCGCGAGGAUCUGGACGAAGAAGGUCUGCGCUGUCAGCUCAAGCGGGAUAUUAGUUCGGAUGAUGAUACUGACGGUCUGACAGAGCAGGAACAAGUGAUCGACCGGUUGAGGGCGCUCAGUGAGAAGCGGAACUCAGAAUACAGUAUCAUAUUUGCUGUCAUCCCGCUGUUUUCUAUCUAUGCUUUCAGCGCUUCGUUUCUGUCAGGCUCCUCGGCCCUAUAUGAACGGUGCUUGUCCCUUCUUAGCGUUCUCUCGUUACUAGCCACGGCCUAUACCAUGAGGUAUUUUCCGCUUCAGCGCCCAGGUCCUAAGGGUAAGAGACCUAUGAUGAGAUCGAGUACUAUUUUCAGUAUUCAACGGUAUCUUUUGCCUCUUAAUACGGCUAUCUGCGUGUUCUUAGCCCUGAUCUACGUUAUGACGGAAUCAAGGCUGGAUAUCCAGCCCAUCAUGUACCUGGUACCGGGAGCAAUGUUUGCCACUGUCCUAGUCGCACGCAAAGUUAUGCUUUCCGUUGAUUUCAAGGCUCUUGAGAAUCUCCGCUAUGAGUACAAAGGGGCAUAGAACCCGCAAUAAUUUUAGAACACGCAUCUUGUUUACGUAGGGAUCUUGCGGACUACAUGUCCUCCAGUACAUGGACAAAAAGAAAUACUUAUCACACUUUCAAUCAGCCCAACUCCCCAAAUAGUACACUAGUGAGCCUUCAACUCAAAAUGAUGAAGCUGCUACAUAUUGAAUAUCUGAUCCCGAGUGCUUCCGCUGACACCAUUACCAAGUAACACCUACUCACUAUUCGCAAAAAUGAAAAGAAACACCGGACAUGC